GUCACAUCGAACUUGUCACAAAACUAAAGCGGAUCCGCUUUAAUUUCUCGUUCGCUAUGUGAUCGCUAAACCAACUUAACAACUGUCAAAGUGACAACAACGCGUUGUGAAGGACGCGAAUUUCGAAUUCGCUCCGCUUCGCGUGUUUGUGAUCGCAGCGCAACACCGCCGCCAUUCCGUUCCGUUAGUAGCGUUUCGCGUCGCACGCCGUCACCGCGUGUUCCAACGUAAUGGAUAAAUUUCGCGUCUUGAAACCAGAGACUAUAAAGGCGCUGAUAGACGUAGUUCGAAAUUAUCCAGAAAUAUACGCAGUUGGACAUUUAGAUUAUAAAAAUGCAUACAAAAAAGAAAUGGCUUGGAAGAAAAUUAAAGAAAAAAUGGGUAUGGACGUUCGAACGUUGAAGAUAAAAUGGAAAAAUCUACGAGACACUUACAGAAAACAUAAGCUUUGUCGUCGAACGGGCAACAAAGGAACCGGUAACCUAUCUAAUUGGGUGUGGGCGAAUGAAAUGUCAUUCAUAGAACCGUACAUAAAAAUAAGACCAAUUGAUAUUUCAUCGAAUAUUUCUCUUGAUUCUACUGAUUCCGAAGUUAAUGAUAAUACAGAUGAUGAAAAUGAACAGAACGAAACUCAAAAAGUCCAAAGUCCUGAACCAGAAACGGAAAUAGUUAAAAGAAGUCAAGUGAAAAGGCGACGACAUGAAAGCGACGGAGACACAAGCGACAAUAUAAUUACAAAUAUAAACACAGAAAUAAACACAGAAAGAAACACACAAGAAACCGUUGUGAAUGUGCCAUGUGACAGAACAGAUAUGGAGUUUCUAGGCUAUGCAAAUACACUGAAAAGACUGUCUGUACGCAGCCAAGCACUUAUAAAACUUCAAAUAACGAAGAUUCUAACACGAUUUCAAUUAGAAGAACUAUGUAAUGACAGUAAAAGUUCUACAUUAAGCAAUGCUCUAUGUAACGAAGAUGAAUCGUACAUAACAACCGUUCAAUUGACAGAUCUACAACCAUACUUUGUAGAUGUUGAGCAAAAGCACACACCCGAUACUCAGUCAUCAUCAUCAACUUAAAAUUAUUUCCUAAA